AUGUUUGCCGCCGAUUUAUCCUGGACUGAGCCAGACACAGAGAAGGUGGGACAGCGGAGGGAGAGGAUCGCGAAAGAGCGGUCGAGUCCCUCCGCAGCGCCUUCGAUCAAAAGCUCCAGAAGCUCGAAGACUUCGGUGACGUCCGUUGCCGAUGAUAAAGAGCUGUGGUGGACCUCAAGUCUGAGGAAGGCCAAGAGCAUCAAACCGAACAAGAAGGGGCGACCCGGCACCAGUCGCAGUACCGGUACCGAACAUUCGAGAAAGGCAUCAAGCUCGAUUCCCCGAACGCUUGAGAUCGAGCUGCCGCAUGAGUUGCGCGAUCCUACCCUCCAGCCAGCGUGGACAUACUCAUCGACACUUUCCCCGACUCUGCCGUCUGGGGCGCCACUGGAUCCACCAGAGUACGAAGUACCUGAGCUGGAAGGCGACUUGUCCUCACGUGGCACCAAUUCCACCGGAUCUCGUUCUUCUCACGAACGACAAUGGAGUGUGAAGUCUCCUGGGAAAGUCAAAGUCAUCGAUGAAGUCCAUGAAGUGCAGCAACUCAGCCCCCGCUCUUUCAUCGCUCGCACGACGCGAAUGAGUUCCGAAGCCGCUGAACCUGAGGACAUUGUACCAGUCUCUGCUCCCAGCGAGAAGAGAAAGAAAAGGGCAUAUUCAGUGAAAAUCGAAGGAGGUCUUGAUUUCGAAGCCCUGAAGUUGCAAGACCAGCCGGACGAUGUGACAGCGCUGCCUUCGAUCGACAAGCAGCCCUCAUACGCAAGCGGUCUUCCGGAUUCAAACAUUGUAGCUUGGAGACCACCGCCCGAGUGGAACAUUGUCUUACCUGGGGGCCUACGUCAUGACAAGCGGCUCCCACCGACGCCUGGGGACGAGGAGAAGGAAGUGGCGGUCGCCCGCGAUAGCCCGAUCGAGCUCACUCGCUUCCAGCGCUUCAUUCGAAGGAUGGAGAGCGCGGGUCCGAAGAUCAUCCUCGAUCGCAUGAAGGAAGAGUGGCAUGACCCGGUCGACGCGGAGGCGGACGAAGAGUUGAUAUUGGAAAAGCAGCUCUGGGUAUUGACGGCUUUCCAGCUGCAGAACUUGGGCCAGUCGAGGACUGCUCCGAGGCCCCAGUGCAAUACCGGGAAGAUAUUGGAGCUCUAUGGAAAUCUGGGUAAGUCGUUCCCCGGAAUUGUCCCCUUCCCUUGGCCGGACUUUUCCUUUUCUCACAUAAGAGCCUCCACGCUGCCCUCCCUCGUACCAUCGGCGAAGCUACCUCAGGUAUUGCGCGAAUGUUAUAGGCUGCUUGCGCCGGGAGGCUUGCUCGAGAUUAGGAUUAUGGACGCCGCUCCAGUCCGGAAAAGCGCCGGCCCAAAGAUGAGAGCUUGGAUCGAAGAUAGGGUAUCACUGAACCUGGAGAGACGAUUCCGCUGCUCGAAGCCUUGCAUGCUGGUUCCGGGAUGGCUCGCGGAAGCUGGCUUCGAGCUCCCGGCUGCAAGCGAGAAAAGACAAGCGAUGAUGAGGUUGCCAUGCGCAUUCGAUACGAACUCAUCGGACGUGGAUGCCGAGCUUUCCAUGCAAGUGGGUCGAGCGCUGUGGAAGGAUAUCUGGGGUCAAUUCGUCGACGACGACCCCGACGAGCCGAGAUGGUGGUGGGAAGAUGCAGAGGUGGCGCAAGAAUGCCUGGAGCGCCGCACUGUCUUUGAGUGUGGGGCGAUCUUCGCGUACAAACCCUGAUCAAUCGUGUAUAUUGGAUAUGCUCAUUGGGCGGGAACGGUGGUGGAAACCGGUGCGUGCGGGUGUGGCCGUUGGACUGUAAUACCCUUCGUUUGAUCUCCUCGUGUU